UUAACCCUUUCGUACAUGAUUGCCGAGUCGUUAUAUAUAACAAGUUACUAGUUUUUCGCGGGCGGUAACGCUCCAUAACUCCAUUUUCUAUGGCGACGCAGCUGAUAUUUGUGUUGACCUUUGCUGCCAUUUUUCUAGGACCGAUUUCAGCGUUGCGCGUGGAACGUUGUCAGCAGGAAGGCGAGGGAUGCGCGCGUAAUGUAUCAAGUAUACCACCAUGCUGUCCGAAUGCUGUUUGUCAAUAUACCGAUCCAACAUUCGGAUUCUGUCGUGCAAAACAAGGAAGCAACGGGUCACCAUACCCAGCAUCACCCACGAGGCAAAACCGGUCAUUGGAUGGAAGUGGUACGAAAUAAAAAGCACAGAUUAUCGCUUAAAAACGUUACCUUCAGUUUUUAUAUGGCACAUAAAUUGUUCAUUAACAACUUUAAAAAAUAUCUCACGACUAAAGCUUUUCAAGAUUAAGCCGUGUACGAUGACCUAUGUACUUUGCAAGAAGCGCUGAAAAACGCCGGGCUGCAUCUGAACAUCGCAAAAUGCGAAUUGGUAGUGAUCGGAGGGUCCGAAACCGAUCGCCAAAGAGUAAAUGACGCAUUUCUUCUAUCGUUUCCUGAUUUACAAUUGCCACACCUGAGCGCGUUGAAUUACCUCGGCGCACCACUCCACGAUGACGCGGUUGCGGGCACCCUAGCUGCUGAAACCGAUAAGAUCGCCAGGAUGACUCAAUGCUUAAACCUGCUCCCUGCCCACCACGCGUUGUAUCUUUUGAAAUGCAGCAUGGGGCCAGUAAGAAUGAUCUACAGGUUGCGAACUGCACGGUGUUAUUUUGCAAGGAGAGCUGUUGCGACAGUUCGAUAAAAUGAUAAUCCGUUGUCUGCCCCGAAUUACCAAUGUGAAUAUCACUGACGCCAUAUGGACGCAAGCGUCACUUCCGGUCGCACAGGGCGGUCUCGGAAUUCGGAGCAUUGAGAAGCUGGCCCUCCCGGCCUUUUUGGCCUCGGCUUACUCAGUAGCUAAACUGACCAACGAGAUAGUAGUUUUCGACCCGGAAAUCUACUGUUGUGGCGCCUUAGAAGACUGGCAGCGAACAACCGAAGCCGAUCUCCCGACUUCCGAAACCCGAAAAUUCCAGAAGACAUGGGAUGAACCGAUCAUCCGGGGCAUGGCAGAAGCCCUGCUGGUGGCAGCCCAGUCGGACAUGUCAAGUGAAGCUCGUCUUCGUGGUGUGAGCACUAAAGAUAACGGCGCAUGGCUGGAAGCACUUCCAGCCGCAACCCUCGGAAACUUCCUAAACGAUACCACACUCAGAAUUGCUGUCGGCCUGCGUCUCGGCGUACCAGUCACCAUUCCACACCGUUGUAAUUGUGGUGAAUGGGCUGAUGCGCGAGGAUACCACGGCCUGAGCUGCAAAAAAAGCCGGGGCCGGAAGCCGAGGCACAGUUGCAUCAAUGCCACUUUAAAGCGCGCCUUCGCUUCCGCCGGUAUUGAAACGGAACUGGAACCACCUGGUACUUGCCUUACCAGCGGGAAGCGCCCCGACGGAGUGACUUUGGUUCCUUGGGAAAGAGGAAAGAUGUUGACCUGGGAUGCCACAUGUGUGUGCACGGUAGCCUUGUCACACAUCGCGGCAACAUCGAAGCAAGCGGGGGCAGCCGCAGCGCGCGCAGAGCAGGAUAAAGUGGCGAAGUAUCAGGAACUCACCCGAGAUUACCUGUUCCGUGCAUUUGGCGUCGAAACACUCGGACCACUCGGACCGGACGCCUCUCGUUUGGUCACCGAAGUCGGGAAGAUGAUACAACAGGAAACAGGCGAGGUACGGGCGAUGGAGUUUCUGCGCCAACGAAUCAGCAUUGACAUCCAACGCGGGAACGCGGCUUCUGUCAUGGGAACAGCACCAGUAUCGGCUAACUUAGACGAAAUGUUCUGUGUGAUUAGGCCGCCUAUUUCCGUAGUCGGCUGAGGCUGUGCAUUCAGUACAAAUCUUUCACUUUUAUAGGAAACUUGUGACUGUAUCGUUUUGCCAAUAAAAUUUAUAUUCAAUACUUAGGAUUGCUUGGAAUACGGUAACAAAAACAUGUGGUCGGUUUUCUAGAGUGGUACGAAAUGGGCCAUAUCUAACAUGUUUGCCACACCGACACUAACCGUAUUGAAUAGAUGUAUCAUAGUAUUCUGCAGCUCGACAAACAUACUCGUACAAUGUUUCUUAAGAAGAGCUGUUUCUUAAGAAGAGCUGGAUGAAGGAGACGAUAAGAGCGGUGGGUACUGGUAGUACAUGUACUACAGUAUAGAACAGACAAGACAUACGUACGUACGCAAGUACAGGCAGUGUGUGCAUAGCGAGUUCAUAAUUUGAUUUGAUUUAAGCUCAUGACGUUUUUUCUAAAGCCGCGGCCAUUUUCAAGAAAUAAUCUCCAAGCGUUGGCGGAAACAGCUGACCGAAAGGAUUCCGGGCUUUAGAUUUGGCUCCGCGUGCGAUAUUAGCGAAAUCCAUAGCCUCGCAUCGUUGAUAAGAUUUGCCGCUGGUCGCCUCUAGCACAUUCUGAAAUCUGGAUGAGGCAGGUUCAUAUUCAAGAACACUGUAGUUUCCGCAAGUGAAGUAGUCUGCUUGCGGGUAGUUGAGGCAAUCCGUGGAUCCAGGCGGGAGUAACCGCCUGUACAGACGGGGCGACUUUCCAUACCAGUCCCACAGAUUAGCCAUAGAUGAGCAGCGGCACUGUACAUCGACUGGGCACAUCGGAUUGAACUGAAUAUUCAAAAACGGACGGAGAUCGUACGGAGCAACACUGCGCAAGAGCUGGUCAGUGAUGCCGGUCAGGCUGUUUCCCGGCAAGCUCACAUACUCGAUUCCAGGGAGCGUGAAGAAAUGGCUAAAAUAGAUGCUCUGAAUGUUGU